AGCCUGAGAGGCAAAGAGAGAGCAAGAAUAAGAGGAGAGCGGGAAGUUGCAUCUAUUUUUCAUGCAGCACCAUCACCAUCACCAUCCCUCUUCUGCCUUAGCUUUUCCCCCACUUUACUUCUCUGGUCCUGGAUGAGAGCUAAAGACUGUGUGGGACUCAGGCUCACAGAGGAGAAUGAGUUCUGCGGAGGAGAGAGAGGACCAUGAUAUGUACUGUGAGAAGGCGGUAGCCCUCAUCAUUGACCUCUGUCUGGACGACAGCCCACUGUUGCAGCCCAAUACCUGCCAGGACUUCAUCACACUGCUAGCCACCAACCAGAACCCAAACUCUGCAGGGUCAGAUCUCUCCUUCAGCCUCCUACUCCUGGUGUUUGUGGCCUGUGGCCUGGGCCUGCUGAGCGUCAUCGUCUUUGCCUCCUGGAAGCUGUGCAGGGUGCACUGGCGCACCAAGGACCUCUCCUCCAGUGCCACUGCCCUCGCCCCCCCCUCCUCUGCCUCUGACAGACCCUACGUCAGAGCCUUGCCCGCACACGGCCACAGGCCUAAGCUCGUACACGCACACACGCACACACACGCCAUGGCGUCGGACAAGCUGAAUCCUUUGGACCCGGCAAGUUUCCUAGAGGCAGCUGUGAAGAUCAGCCACACGUCACCUGACAUCCCUGCCGAGGUGCAGCUGUCCAUGAAGGACCACUUCCUGCGGCGCACGCGUAUGUCCAGGCAGACCACCGAGCCCAACUCCUCCAAUAGGCACAGCUCCUUCAAGAAGCACCUCCCCCGACAAAUGCACCAUGUCACCAGCCUUGACCGAGGCAGCGACUUCCCCUAUUCAGAGGACCAAUCCACCAGCCUAGCCAGUUUGGGCCGCAUCCAGCCAGAGCUCUACAAACAGAGCCCACUGGAGGCCGACGAGUCCUCCAAGAACUGCGCCGCCGCCAAGACCUGUGGUAAGAUCAACUUCUCCCUCAAGUACGACUACGAGUCUGAGGCUCUCCUCGUCAACAUCCUCAAGGCCUUCGACCUGCCCGCCAAGGACUUAUGUGGCAGCUCCGACCCCUACGUCAAAAUCUACCUCCUGCCUGACCGCAAGCGCAAGUUCCAGACCCGCGUCCAUCGCAAGACGCUCAACCCCAUGUUUGAUGAGUCCUUCCAGUUCACCGUGCCCUACGAGGAGCUGGGCAGCAGGAAGCUGCACCUGAGCGUAUUUGACUUUGACCGCUUCUCCCGCCACGACAUGAUCGGAGAGGUCAUUCUGGAGAAUCUGUUUGAGGUGUCGGACCUCUCCCGUGAGAUGGCCAUCUGGAAGGAUAUUCAGUACGCCACCUCUGAGAGUGUAGACCUGGGGGAGAUCAUGUUCUCUCUCUGUUACCUGCCGACCGCAGGCCGACUCACCAUGACCGUCAUCAAGUGCAGGAACCUCAAGGCCAUGGACAUCACAGGAUACUCAGACCCAUAUGUCAAGGUCUCCCUGGAGUGUGACGGACGGCGCUUGAAAAAGAAGAAAACCACCAUCAAGAGGAACACUUUGAACCCCACCUAUAACGAAGCUAUCAUCUUCGACAUCCCCCCUGAGAACAUGGACCAAGUCAGCCUGCACAUAUCCGUCAUGGACUAUGACUUGGUGGGACACAAUGAAAUCAUAGGUGUAAACAGAGUGGGCAGUCAUGCAGAGGGACUGGGCAGAGACCACUGGAACGAGAUGUUAGCCUAUCCACGCAAGCCCAUCGCUCACUGGCACUCUCUACUGGAGGCAAGCAAGUCUCAGAAAGAGUGGAAAACCCGCACUGCAAGUUUUGACAGCCAAGGCUCUUGCCCUUCUCCAAGACUCCUGUCUAGUCCAUGAGGGAGGAGCUAGAGUUUAUACUCCACGACUCUACAAAGCCUGCCCUGUAGCAAGGCCUGAAAUAUGGAGUGUCUCAGACCCAGACCCACACAUGUUGUGCCUCAGAAUAUGUAAAGUGCAGUAAAUUGCUCUGGAAUGACAUUAUCUCGCCAUCACACACCCACACACAUACACAAACACAUUUAUCUUGUGCCCUCUUGGACAGCCACUUUGUCAUGGUACGUAUAGCCUAGUGUAUACUGGGUCUGGUGGGAUCAUUGUUAUUGCAACAAUAGUUUUGCAGUUGAGCUCAGCCUGGUUUGGUUAUACACCUGAGGUUAACAUCUUUGUAUAUAUGUAAUGCCCUUUGAUACUGACAUCAAUAAUAGCACUGUAUUUAGAAUCACAUAUUUAUGAUAUUAUCAACAUGUCUAUCCCCCUGAAUUUACUUUUCUGUUUCAAUUGUUACCUGUGAAGUGUUUGCCAAUAGUCUCUUGUUCAGGCAAUGUCAUGUACUUUGUUGAGGGAGUUGGCUUGACCUUUGACCCCUUUGCCUCAUUAGCCUUGUGAUAAGUGCUUGAAUCAAUGACUUUCCUCUGUUUUUUCCAAGCAAUUUAGAGUAUCUUUCCACUUUUGUAUUGAACAUGUGUAUUUGUAACAUAACUGUUUCCUUGUAUUUUAAAGAAGUGAUAAUAAAGUUGUCGAUUCUGGUUCUAACAUUCCAAA